CGUACGAGAAUAUUCCAGGUCAAUCUAAGAUCACGUUCCUUCUACAAGCAAUCAGGAAUACUGCUGCUGCUGAAGAGGCUAGACAAAUGGCAGCUGUCCUUCUACGACGUCUUUUGUCUUCUGCUUUUGAAGAAGUUUAUCCAGCUCUUUCACCUGAUGAUCAGACAUCUAUCAAAAGUGGAUUGUUGUUGAUUAUUCAGUUGGAAACGCAGUCCAACAUGAGGAAAAAAAUCUGUGACAUCGUUGCUGAAUUGGCCAGAAACUUAAUAGAUGAAGAUGGCAACAACCAGUGGCCAGAAGUUCUGAAAUUCUUAUUUGACUCUGUCAACUCUCAGAAUGUGGGACUCCGUGAGGCUGCUCUUCAUAUUUUCUGGAAUUUUCCUGGAAUUUUUGGAAAUCAACAGCAGCAUUAUUUGGAGGUCAUUAAGAGAAUGCUGGUUCAGUGUAUGCAAGACCAAGAGCAUCCAUCAAUCAAGACUCUGUCUGCUAGAGCUGCUGCUGCGUUUGUGCUUGCUAAUGAGCACAAUCUUCCCCUUCUUAAGCAUUUUGCAGACUUGCUACCUGGAAUCUUGCAGGCUGUAAAUGAUUCCUGCUACCAAAACGACGAUUCUGUCCUGAAAUCCCUUGUAGAAAUUGCAGAUUCUGUUCCUAAAUAUUUACGACCGCAUUUAGAACCAACAUUGCAACUAAGUCUAAAGUUGUGUGCAGAUGCCAGCCUGAGUAACAUGCAACGUCAGCUGGCACUCGAAGUAAUUGUAACGCUGUCAGAAACCGCCGCUGCGAUGCUGAGGAGGCAUACAAGCAUCGUUGCCCAAGCCAUUCCCCAGAUGUUAUCAAUGAUGGUGGACUUAGAAGAAGAUGAAGAUUGGGCAAAUGCAGACGAGCUCGAAGGUGAUGAUUUCGACAGCAAUGCAGUUGCUGGAGAAAGCGCACUAGACAGAAUGGCAUGUGGCCUAGGAGGAAAACUGGUACUACCUGUGAUUAAAGAAAACAUUAUGCAAAUGCUUCAGAAUCCUGACUGGAAAUACAGGCAUGCUGGCUUGAUGGCUCUGUCAGCCAUUGGAGAAGGUUGCCACCAGCAGAUGGAGGGAAUUUUAAAUGAGAUAGUUAAUUUUGUUUUGCUAUUCCUUCAGGAUCCUCAUCCAAGAGUAAGAUACGCCGCUUGUAAUGCUAUCGGACAAAUGGCAGCUGACUUUGCACCUGGUUUUCAAAAGAAAUUUCAUGAAAAGGUGAUAGCAGCUCUUCUGCAGACCAUGGAGGAUCAAGGCAACCAGCGUGUUCAAGCCCAUGCAGCUGCAGCACUCAUAAACUUCACUGAAGAUUGUCCCAAGUCACUGCUUAUUCCAUAUUUGGAUAAUCUAGUGAAGCAUCUUCAUUCCACUAUGGUGAUAAAAUUGCAAGAGUUGAUACAGAAAGGCACUAAGCUAGUUUUGGAGCAAGUUGUGACUUCAAUUGCAUCGGUUGCAGAUACAGCAGAGGAGAAGUUUGUUCCCUACUAUGAUUUAUUUAUGCCCUCUUUAAAACACAUUGUUGAGAAUGCUGUUCAGAAGGAACUAAGACUUUUACGAGGAAAGACUAUUGAAUGCAUCAGCCUAAUUGGUCUUGCUGUUGGCAAAGAAAAGUUUAUGCAGGAUGCAUCAGAUGUAAUGCAGCUUUUAUUGAAGACACAAACAGACUUCAGUGAUCUAGAAGAUGAUGAUCCACAGAUUUCUUAUAUGAUCUCAGCGUGGGCCAGAAUGUGUAAAAUUCUUGGAAAGGAAUUCCAGCAGUACCUUCCUGUUGUCAUGGGGCCUUUGAUGAAGACUGCAUCCAUUAAACCUGAAGUAGCUCUUUUAGACACACAAGAUAUGGAGAAUAUGAGUGAUGAUGAUGGUUGGGAAUUUGUAAACCUAGGAGAUCAGCAAAGUUUUGGAAUUAAAACUGCAGGCCUUGAAGAAAAAGCAACUGCAUGCCAAAUGCUGGUUUGCUAUGCAAAAGAGCUAAAAGAAGGAUUUGUGGAGUACACAGAGCAAGUUGUAAAGCUGAUGGUUCCUUUGUUGAAGUUCUACUUUCAUGAUGGUGUUCGAGUGGCGGCAGCGGAGUCAAUGCCCCUCCUUCUCGAAUGUGCUAGAGUUCGCGGGCCAGAGUACCUCACGCAGAUGUGGCACUUCAUGUGUGAUGCGCUCAUCAAAGCCAUUGGGACAGAACCAGAUUCAGAUGUUCUCUCAGAAAUAAUGCAUUCUUUUGCAAAGUGCAUUGAGGUCAUGGGAGAUGGAUGCCUUAACAACGAACACUUUGAAGAACUUGGAGGAAUACUGAAAGGAAAACUAGAAGAGCACUUUAAAAAUCAAGAAUUAAGACAGGUGAAAAGACAAGAUGAAGACUAUGAUGAACAAGUUGAAGAGUCAUUACAAGAUGAAGAUGACAGUGACGUUUAUAUUUUGACUAAAGUAUCGGACAUUUUGCACUCAAUAUUCAGCAGUUACAAGGAGAAGGUACUGCCGUGGUUUGAAAGGCUACUUCCAUUAAUUGUCAACUUAAUU